CGAUAAUCCAAUCCAACCCUGUGUCGCCGCUCAGCCACACUCUCUGAGGGGCUCUCUUCUUGUCAGUCUAGCCUUCGAUAUGUCAGACUGACUAACGGAACAAAAGGAAACUUGGAGAGGAGGGCCAUAUAAAAAGAAAGAUCAAUUAGUGCGGAUUGAAGAGGAAGUUGAAGGUGUGUAAUGGGUUAACGGCGGAAGGCCUCGCCUCACCUUUUAGUGCGCGUCACCCGGCUCCGUAAAGUGGUCCCACCAUCCAAACCAAAAGGGGAAAAUCACCGCCUGUCGCCUCCGCCAGACGCGCACCUUCGCCUCGGUCGGUCUCGCAUCCUCCUGUCGGUCUCCGCCCCGCCGCUCCAUCACCACACACAGCCAGAAGACAUCGGGAACUGGAGGAAUACGAGUGAUUUACCGGAGCCAUGAAGGACCGCAUGCAAGAACUUAAACAUGGGAAGGAGACGACAGAAGAGGAGGAUGAAGUCGCUGUGGGGAUGGACAAAGGCUUUAUGGAUGAAUUCUUCGAACAGGUGGAGGAGAUCCGGGGUUUUAUCGAAUCUCUGGCAGAGAAAGUUGAGGAGGUGAAGAGGAAGCACAGCGCCAUCCUCGCUUCACCUAACCCAGAUGAGAAAACUAAGGUUGAGCUAGAGGAUCUAAUGGCAGACAUCAAGAAGUUUGCCAACAAAAUACGCUCCAAAUUAAAGAGUAUUCAGCAAACCAUUGAGCAAGAAGAAAGCCAGAACAAGGCAUCAGCUGACCUGAGGAUACGCAAGACACAGCACUCCACACUGUCCCGUAAGUUUGUCGAGGUGAUGUCAGAAUACAACACCACCCAGUCAGACUACAGGGAGCGCUGCAAGGGACGCAUUCAGAGACAGCUGGAGAUCACUGGGAGAAACACAACAAAUGAGGAGUUGGAGAGCAUGUUGGAGAGUGACAACCCGGCUAUCUUUACCUCGGGGAUCAUUAUGGACAACAUCACCGAGCAAGCUAUGAAUGAGAUCGAGACGCGGCACAAUGAGAUCAUCAAGCUGGAAAACAGCAUCAGAGAGCUUCAUGACAUGUUCAUGGACAUGGCCAUGCUGGUGGAGAGCCAGGGUGAACUGGUGAACAACAUUGAGCGAAGUGUGCUGGACGCCUACGAAUUUGUGGAGCAGGCAAAGGAGAACAUCCCAAAAUGCAAAAAGUUCAAAAAGACUGGCAAACGGAAGGUGAUCCUGAUAGGAGGUUGUAUUGCAGCAUGUCUGACCGUCCUCAUUAUUUGCCUCGCAGUUGGACUCAGUUAGGACUCUAAGAAAUCCCUACAGAGCAGACAGGGCAGGACGUGAUGCCAAUUUCUUAGGGUCAUAUGUUCGGCAGUUAAUAUGUACUAUAUAGUGGGGGGUCUGUAUUGUGCAGUCAGGAUCUGCUCAUGAAGUAGAAAGCAGGCUUGCAUAAAUGCCCUGUGCACUCAAAUAUUUUAUGAUAACUUUUACGUACAUUUUUUUGAGAUAUGUUUUCUAAACCUUCUUUACAGUCAAAAGUCCUGAGGAACUAACUUGUGCUUUGUGUCUGUUUGUGUCAUGAUUCACACAGUGUACCUUUGUAGUGUGCAUGUUCUGCAGUCUGCUGAACAGCUUUGCAUGUUUUUCUACAAACACAAAGCUGCAGAAAGGUGGUUAUGUUCAUCAAAACAAAUGUGUGUUGAAUCAAAGACCCAAAUCAUUUUCAAAGUGCUUAUACCUCAGCGUAGUUCAUGAACAGCCAGCCUCUCACUACAGAUUUAUGUAACAUUGAUCCUGAUAAUGUUUUAUCAGUCCAUGGUCACGGUUACAAAAUAAUUAACUUCACCUUGUUUUAAGCAUUAAAGGAAUACUGUACUUCUACCAUAUGGGAAAUACACAUUGUUGUUUUGCCAGGUAACUGUCUUUAUGCUAAGCUAAGCUAACCAGCUGCUCGCUCCACCUUCUUUUUUUACCGUACAUGAGAACAGUGUCAAUCCUGUCAUUUAACUAUUGGCUGCCAACAUGCCAAACUAGUCCUUUAAGAAUUGAUGAAGACUGUUGAUUCCACAGGGUUUACAAGUUGGACAUUGGCUGUUUAUGAAUUUAGAGGGAUGCAUGCUGAAAAGACAUGUUUUGCUAUUUACCUUUAAAGCCACUGUGUAGGUUUUUGCAGAAAAAUGAAAAAAUCCCUGUGAACAUCGGCUCAGCCAUAUUUAGGAUUAUUUCAGGAGGUAGCUCCAUGCAUUGCUGCCACCAGAUGGCGCCAAUAUUGAGGAUUCCCAUAUUCUAGACAUAGUGGCUUUAAAUAUGAAAACCAUUCACGUUUGUGGCAUGUGUGAAAGUACUGUAUGUUUUUUGAUGUGGUAUGAUCAAAAUGCAGAACCAAAUAUCUAUGCUUUUUAAAGUAGAGGAUGUGGAAACGUUUCUAAACGACAGUCACACUCCAACAACGUCAUAACCCGGCUACAUUAAAAUCAAAUAUUGCCUUCUGCUUUUCUUCUAAACUGCAUUUUGUUCUGAUCAUUAUAAAUAUUGUAAUGUAUUAAAGUAAAGUCAUUUCUCUAACAUGUUUUCCUCUGCUCCCCAUUUGCUGCCAUUGAUGACUGUUUAUCUGUUCUUGUUAACACUUAACACUACAGAAGAAAAUUAUGAUUAUCAUAUGCUGUGUGGUUCUGGGAAUUGUCAUUGCCUCCAUUGUUGGGGGAACGCUGGCCUAAACCACAACCACAGUCGCACUCAAAGACACAGCCGCAGACACACAACAGAGCAAAGACACAACAGAUUUACAUUUUCAGUUUCCUGUUGUCAUGAAUUCAAUCUAUUACAAGGUGCAUUAUAUUGUACGACACAUUUACACGCGGCGUACAGGGCCAGAGGUGUUUUCGCAUGAGUUGCUAUUUUGUAAAUGUGUGGUGCUGCAAACUGUUUAUCUGAGUGUUGAGUGUUGUCAACGAUAAGAUGUUUCCAAAAGUGAAUUCCUGAAUUUACUAAAUAUGUAACACUAUACUAAUACAUUCCAUCUUCCAAAUAUGACAUUUAUUCAGUUGUGAUGUCUAUUUUGUGUUGUACAGGCAAAGUUGUGGGCCACUAAUUUGCAAAGCCACGUUAUCUAUAGCUCUAUAUCUUUAUUUACUUUAUCUUUUCUUUUGACGUUCUCUCUCUGAUGUCCUCUACCUCUCAUCAAAAGCCCUGCAUGGUUUAGUUCACUGUAAAGUGGUGUUUUGUUUUCUAAUGCAAAGGGGACAGACGACAUGUUGGAUAGUUAGCUCGUAGAAUCAUCACACUGCCAAACAUUUUCUAAUGUCAUAUCUUGUAGUUUACGGAAGCCAUGCUAUUGUACUAAACUUCAUCUGGCCUUACCAGUUGUGCAGCAUUUCUGGCCUUUGCUCCAGUGUUGCGUGUGCAUGGGAAAGAGGAUAUAUGUGUGUUUAUUUGUAGCUAAAUGUUUGAAUGUGCUGAGUGUGAGCUGUGGGAUGAAAACGUGAGUGCUUGUUAUUAGCCACCUGUGUCUUUGUUUUCUAUAAAGUGUAAACUGAUAUAAAGCUAUCUACACUGCCAGUAUGUUCAAAUAAGAUGUUAAAAUUGAGUCUAGUCAGGUUUGGAUUGAUAAUUCUGGUCCGUAAGUGACAAACAUUUGUUGUUUUAUGUCUUUUUAUAAACCCCGAGCUUUAAGCAUAUUCUUGUCGAGCUACUUCACUGUUCAUUUUCAUGAGUGAACAUGAGUCCGUGAAAGUGUCAGCAUGAACUCAAAGUAGCCCUGUAAAAACAACUCUCAUUUCUGCUUUCAGACAUGCACAGAGACUGCAACCAUGUUACCAUGUUGCCUACUCAACUUGUUGCCUUUGUGGUGUAUUGUGAUGACAUGGUUUGGUUUCAUCUAAGUUUGUUUUGUUUUUCAAGUAAAGAUUGUCUGAAAAAUCA